CGCAGGACAGUCGUCUGGUAGAUCCAAGAUAUUUCUUCCAACAACAUGGACGACUCAAACAAGAGAAUUGUCAUCUUAGGAAAACCUGGAAUUGGGAAAAGCAGCCUGGCUAACACCAUAUUUGGAGAGAAACGGUUCAGGACCUACAGCGCUCUUGACUCUGAAACAAAUAAAUGUCAAAGAGAAACCAAAUCUGUCAACGGAAGAAGAAUCACUCUGAUCGACACUCCUGGUUACUUUGACACAGAGAGACCUGAGGAGGAGCUGAAGGCUGAGAUAGUGAGGUGUAUCACAGAGUGCUCUCCUGGGCCUCAUGCUUUUCUCAUUGUGCUUAAAGUGGAGAAAUUCACAGAGCAAGAACAGGCUGUCAUCACAAAAAUAAAGCAACUCUUUUCUGAAGAAGUCUACAAAUAUGCAACGGUUCUCUUCACUCAUGGUGACCAGCUCCCUGAAGGACAGACAAUUAUGGAGUUUGUCCACCAGAAUCAGCUUUUGAGUGAUGUGGUGAAGAAGUGUGGAGGCCGCUGCCACGUAGUCGAUAAUAAAUACUGGAAGAACGACCAGCAGGAUGAAUACAGAAGCAACAAGUUCCAGGUGAAGGAGCUCCUCAAGACAAUAGAUGAGAUAACUGAGGCAAACAGAGGAGGCUGCUACACCAAUGAGAUGCUACAAGCAGCAGAGGAAAUGAUCCAACAAGAGGAGGAGCGCAUUAGAAAGUCAUCACCAAACAUGUCAGAGGAAGAGAUCAGAGAGCAGGCUAAGGGCAGAGUAUCUGAGAAGUAUACGAUCAAACUAGCAGGUUUUACAAAAGGGGCAUUGAUCGCAGCUUUUUGUGGGUUAGCAUUGAGUGGAUCAGUGCCAGGUGUAGCAAUAUUUGCUGCUGUUGGAGCUGUGAUGAUCGGAGGUUUGAUAGACUAUAUUCAAAGUGAGGGAGCAGGCACACCACAGGGAACAGCAGAAAUGGUAGAAGAGGCUGUUAUGACUGAUUAUCACACCUAA